ACAACUCUUCAAGCUUUUCAAGAAAAAAUAAACGAUAUCUAUAUCGAAUAUGCAAACCAGUAUAACAUUGACGAAGGAGAAUACCAUCUCGAUAUUAUUUAUGACAGGAAAAAUGCAACUGUUAAAAUCAAUAAAAUAGAAGACCUUGGAGAAAACGUUUAUAUUUCUACAAAAUAUAACAACUUGGCAUGGUAUAGAUUUAUGAGGAUGUUAAAUCAGCCUGCAGCAUAUCCAGUACACCCGGACUAUUAUGAAGUCGAAAACCCUAAUGGAACAUAUGAAAAUAUUUUCGACCCAGCUGCUAUUAUUGUUCAUGCUUCAUUUUCUGGCGCCCAAAACUCUUUUUUAUGCUUGGCAAAUGACUUUUACGAAAAACCUACAAAGUUAUACGAACCACCAAGUGGAAGUAUUUCAGACUUUCAAGUAUGGUUUACUACAGAUGGAAGAAAAAGAAUAAUUCCAUUAUACCAUGCGUUUUACUUAGAACUUAGUUUCAUAUAUAACUACUAUCGAACGGUAAAAAUAUAA